AUGCUCGAGGCUGACCUGUGCUGGCCUCUGUGGGAGGAGGGCUCAGUGGAUGGAGCAUUCAAACUUGAGGCACCAGAAGGCGAUCUAGCGAAGGCAGUCAUCACUGAAGUCGAGCGUCCCUUUCUCCUUGGUUACAGUCCAAUCAAGGCCAAUGGAAGGGGAGUACUCAUUCUUGGAGGCGGCGGCUACGUUCAGCUCAUGGUUGGUCGGGAAGGCAUCGCGGUUGCGAAAUGGCUAGCCAGCCUUGGGUUCUACGCCUUUGUGCUUGUCCACCGAUUUCCCACCGCUUGUACUGGUGCUCAGGCGCCUCUAGAUGAUGCUAGACGUGCGUUCAAGAUGAUGGCGGAGUCCGGGCACGCACCGGAGGGACAGGGUAUAUGCGGCCUCUCUUCUGGUGGUCAUCUCGGAGCGGCGCUUCUGGCCCAAUAUCCUCAAGAAUGGACAUCACCCGAUCCAGAAAUCCCUCAGGCUCAGUUUGCUAUUCUUGGAUAUGGACCAAUCUCGACAAACGCUGCCGGCCGUACCAUCGUUGCAAACAAGCCACCCCUUCCGCCUGCAGAGAAGCAAGCUCUCUACGACGCAGUACAGCCAGAUGUCCAGCUCAAAUCCCCGGCCCCAGCUACAUUCAUUGUUUACUCUAAUAAUGAUCCGGUCGUCCCUGUUGCCAACGCUUAUCGUCUUGCCGAGGGCAUAACCAAGAGCGGAGGGUCUGUCGAGCUUCAUGUCUUUGCAGAUGCGCCUCAUGGCUUCGCCCUCGACACGGAGAGUCUACCUGUUUCUAACUGGCCAUCAAUGUGUGAAGCAUGGCUUAGGCAACAUGGUUGGAUAUAG